AUGUUGAUACCAAUGAGUGCAGACCCUUCUGGCCCUGUGCCAGAAGUUGUGAAGACCGUGCACGUAUAUGGCUGGUAUGUGAUCAUUUUCUUGCUGUCCUUCCUGUCAGUGGGCGAAUGUAUAGCUGGAGAUGCCUUUGCUGGCAUCAUCUUCUCGAUCAUGGCUGGGAUCGUGGUCUUUCUCCUUGUUGACGGCUGCAAGAAUAUGUCCAUGUACUGCCUUUUCAUGCUGGGCACUAUGUCCUCCUUCCAAUGCUUCUUCGACUUGCUGGGUCUGAUCAGCGUGGUGGGUGGCCGAGAAACCUCAGAGUCCACCAUGCAGGGCACGGACAAGGACGUGACGGUCAUUACGCGGAUCACAGUGCACCCCUUCUUUGAUCCCAAAAUGGGCCAGCAGUACAACGCCCAGUCUUCGAUGAUGGUGGCGAGUCCUGGCAUUAUGCUGGCUUGCACCUUCAUGUGUUACUUGUCAUACAAUGCCUUUUCGGACUCCCUCUUCGACGUGGAGGAGGAAGCCGGCCCGCUGUUCAACUACAGAGGUGGAGGUCCCGGUGGCAACAGCUUGGCCUAUGGCGCCAACCAGCCCUCGCCCAGGAGCCAACGGCGCCCCGCAUCUUCGAGGGAGCUGGUCAUCGUUUGUCGGGCUGACGGUGAGACGGAAUCUGUGCCCGUUUUGAAACAUGAUGCGAGCUGUUGCGUUGUUUCCUUGAAAUGUAUUGAUUGA